GCAAGAAUUGCGGUGUACAAAGUGUGCUGGAACUUGGGUGGUUGUACUUUUGCAGAUGUGUCUGCAGCAAUAGAUGAGGCCAUCGCCGAUGGGGUCGAUAUCAUCAGCAUUUCCAUCAGUGGCUCCAAUGAUCUCCCCUUCUAUCAGGACCCCGUGACCAUAUCCGCUUACCAAGCCAUGAAAGCUGGCAUUGUCGUCGCCUUCGCUGCAUCAAACAACGGCCCAACUGCCAAGACCGUCAACCACGUCGAGCCCUGGAGUGUCACCGUCGCUGCCACCUCUCACGAUCGUUUCAUCGGCUCCGAGGUUUUCAUCAGACUCGCUGACGGUCUUCAACCUCGUCUCCGGCUCAGGGGCGCAACGCUCAACAGUAAUGCUACCACGACCGCUCCGUUGGUGCUGGCGAGUGAAGUUAAACUUGCAAACGCAAGUAUUCCCCUCGCCACGUCGUGCUUCAAGUCCUCGCUGGACCCGGAACAAGUGGCGGGGAAGAUCGUGUUCUGCUUGAAACUCUCGCCUCUCGAGAUCAUUACUAGCAAAGCAGAGGAGGUUCUGAAUGCCGGAGGAGUUGGUAUGAUCGUCGGAAACGGAUGGUCGCUUGGGGACCACACCGUGGAGGCCGAGGAAUUCGUCCUCCCGGCGGUUUAUAUCACGGCAACCGACUCUCAGCGUGUGCAGGACUUCUUGACCAGAUGUGACCUGGACUCUUGUAAUUUCAGAAAUACAAGAGCCACCAUCUUCACGGGAAAGACAUGGUUGGGAGUGAGGCCAGCUCCGGUCGUUGCUGAAUUCUCAUCAACCGGUCCCAGCGGAGUAACCCAGGACAUACUUAAGCCCGACAUUGCUGCACCCGGAGUAAAAGUGCUGGCAGCAUGGAUAGAUGGUACUUACAACGCCAUCGAUGGAACUUCCAUGGCCACCCCGCACAUCUCAGGGGUGAUUGCUCUGAUUAAGUCCAUUCAUCCCAAAUGGAGUCCAGCUGCAAUCAAGUCCGCCAUCAUGACCACAGCUAUCACUGUCGACAACUCCAACCACAAAAUACAAAAUAUUCAGAACAAACCGGCGGGACCAUUUUCGACGGGAUCGGGGCUGGUGAAUCCGAAUGCUGCGGUCGACCCGGGGCUGGUGUACGAGGCAGGGCCCCGGGAUUACACUUUAUUCCUGUGCGCGCUCAACUACACGGACCAAAUGGUGGAGGUGGUCACGGGAGAGCCCAAUUCGUGCAGCAGCCAGAAGUUCUUCCCCUCAGCCAGCAGCCUCAACUAUCCGUCGGUCUCGAUCGGCGACCUCAAGAAAAUCACCACCGUCACCCGCAGAGUGACCAACGUGGGCGCAGCCAGAAGCGUCUACAAGGUCAGCAUCCAAGCUCCCAAGGGCGUCAAAGUGUCGAUCUCGCCCUCGCGUCUGUCGUUCAGCAAUGUCUACGAGACCAAAUCCUUCAACAUCCGACUGCAGCGGACGCUGAAGACGGACGCCGAUUCCGAGACGUACGUGUUCGGCAGCUACACGUGGUCCGAUGGCCGGCACAAGGUGAGAAGCCCCAUCGUCGUGGGCCAUCAACCACAAUAGGUUCCGGCGGGCUGUUCAGUGAGAACAGAGCCGGGGAAAUUAAAUGAGACAUUUGAUUUAGUUAGCAGGAUUUCCAGCGCCCGCUGUUGGCGCAGCCACAGUAAAAAUUAGUUAGGACGAUAUUCGUCGAUCAUGCGGAGCAGCUCAGUAGAUCGAUCUGCUCGUCGUGGUCCUUUGGGUGGGUGCUAUCGUGACGUCAAAAUUCUGAUACCUCGCGGGGCUGACCCUUGUCCCCUGAUCGAUCACAUGCGGCAUACCCGCCUUUCCUUCCUUCUUUCCUUCCUUACGAAUGUGCUCGAAAAAAGCUCUCAGCUUCUAUAGGUGCCUGAUCAUGGCGCUCUGCUGCACAUGUGGUCGGAUUCCGAUGUUCGAUUCGGUGUAGAUUAACCUCAUCCAACUUAUUGAAGGAUCGUGGAUUUCGGUGGAAGUGUUUCCAUCCACUCCAUCCGGCAUCCACGAGGCUCUGAUCUUCGAGCACUCGUUGAUCAGCAACACGCGCUUCUGCAGGCACUUCUGAAAGUCUGAAUCUCUUCAAACCUUGUAGAUUUAGAAAAAGAAAAAAUUGAUUGGUCACAAACAUUUCACAGCAAGAGAACUGCAUACCGAGGGAGGGGAAACCAGGUGAGGGACGGAGACUUCCAAACUAGCUCCAGGAGCGGAACAAGUCACUUGGCUUUACUUACAAGGAGGGGAUCUGAAAAUGACCCCAACAAUCAAUCAAUUUCCCAUUCAUGAAGCUAUUCAGAUUGGUAAUGUGACCGAUCCAUAUUUGAAGUUUUCCUAUGUACCUAGUUGCCAUGUGCUCAUAUAAAUAUAAAAGUGUCGAUCGCAUUGAUGUAUAAUUGUGAAAAAUCAUGCCACUCCAAAUUGCUCUUUCUG